CUUCUGCACAAAUAGAACUAUGACAUUCAGAACAUGUCUUCUCUCUUCAUUUUCUUCUACCAUUCAGCAUCCCUCUUCCCCUUCCCACUCUUUUUUCAGUUGGUUUUUCAUUCAAAAGAACAAAAAAAAAAUUCUGGGAAUGAUGAGAGGCCUAUUGGAUGGCCAUUUGGUCUUGGCAUUUUGAAUAUGAGACAUAGAGAUGCAGAAUCAACCCCAGUUGCCCCAGUAGAGCCACACUCACUGCAUGUUCCCUCCACCAGUUUUUCCUCAUUCUCAACCUCCAACCUUGAUACUGAGUCCACAGCAUCUUUCUUUCAAGACAACAGUGUGUCCCUUGGCCAUCUAAUUGGAUUAAGACCGGGUGAGAAGGGACGCUUGUACUUCCCAAACUCACUAAAAUUAGAAGAAAAAAGGGAGAAGAAAACAUUGCCAAAAGGUUCAUGUUCAGAUGCCUCUAAAGCAAAACAAGUGGACAUGGCUCGUGGCAUUUGCAUACCUAUACUGCUUGAAGCCCUGCUCAAGAUUAGUAGAACCAAGAAAAGUUCAAGUAACUAGCACAUGAUGCUGUCACUGUCACACAUCUAAUGUUCGGUGCAAAUCUGUCGGUUCUUUCUAGAUAAAAUUAACAAAUGAUUUUUCCUCAAUUUCAGCCACAUUUUACUUUCACAACUUUAUUUAUUGUAACUUUGUUUUAUUUCAGACUACCAACAUAUAAUCAAAAAGGCCAU